AUUAAAAACAAGGGGCAAAAGUCAAGUAGGAGAGACUGAGAGGAGCUGCAGAGAUAUUGUGGGGGGAUUCGGUGUACUUCAGCAGUUUGUGUAACUGUUCUGCAGAGUGAAACUUGCUUUUAGAAAACAAAAAACAAGUGAGAUCUGGUGGUUGUUAUACUUCCUGUUUGACAUUGUGAGUCAGUCAUGUGUGGUGAGAAUGAGAAAGCGAGUCUGAGUCGGUUUGAACACACGGCUUGCAGGAGCCAGUGAACGCUUCACUGUUGAACUCGUUAUCUGUGGAUGAUAAAGCGGGUGUUUACUGAGAGGAUCACUGAGACUUUACUCCCAUCCUGCUGCAGCUUGGCGGUGUUCAGGAUGACCAGUGUGUGUUUGAUCACUGCAGUUGUUUUGUUCCUGGCCUCCCUCGGCUCGUCUUCUCCUCUCCAUGAUGAUGAUGAUGGUCUGGACAUGGCUGAGUUCACGGCUGGAAACACACUGGAUCGAUUUAAAGUUCACUUCAACUGGCGCAACAUUAGCUGUCCGGUGUGUAAAGCUUUCUUCACCGUGCUAGACGUUGCCCUUUUGAGUGACACAAACAUGGAGCAUGUGGCUCGUGCAGUAGGAGAAGUCUGUGUCCGUUUGCACUUGGAAGAGGAAAAUGUGUGCUGGGAAAUUACGGAGCUCUUCCGUGAUGACUUCAUUCGUGCCCUCCAGGAGUCUCUUCUCUGGCCCUCAGAAGCCUGUGCCUUACUUGUGGGACCCUCAUGUGGCCAUUUUGACAUCUAUGCCCCCUGGAACAUCACUCUGCCCCGUGUCCCCAAACCUCCAGUGGUCCCCCCUUCACCACCCAAACCUGGCUCACCUCAAAGUAGGGUGCUGUUCCUCACUGAUAUCCACUGGGAUGCCGAAUACUCAGAGGGCAGCGCGGCUGACUGCAAACAACCUUUGUGCUGCAGGAACGAGUCUGGUAGAGCCAACUGGAAGCACCGUGCUGCAGGUCACUGGGGUACCUACAGCAAGUGUGACCUCCCGUUGCGUACAGUAGAAAACCUUCUGCAGAAUGUAGCCAAGACGGGACCUUGGGACUGGGUAUAUUGGACUGGGGACAUUCCUGCACACAAUGUGUGGUCCCAAACGAGGGCACAACAGCUGAAUGAGCUGACCACCAUCUCCAGGCUCAUCAAGAAAUACCUCGGACCUGAUGUUACUGUGUACCCAGCGGUGGGAAACCACGAGAGCACACCAGUUAACAGUUUUCCUCCUCCAUUUGUGCAUGGGAAUCGCUCUUCCCAAUGGCUGUAUGACACCAUGGCAGAAGAAUGGGCUCCUUGGCUACCUGCUGAAGCUCUGAAGACUCUGCGCCGAGGAGGUUUCUACACAGCCCAGGUGCAGCCAGGUCUGCGGGUGGUGUCCCUGAAUAUGAACUUCUGUGCGAGGGAGAACUUCUGGCUGUUGGUGAACUCCACAGAUCCAGCGGACCAGCUCCAGUGGCUCGUAUACAUCCUGCAGGAUGCUGAGAACAAGGGAGAGAAGGUGCACAUUAUUGGUCACAUCCCCCCUGGACUCUGUUUGAGCAGCUGGAGCUGGAACUACUAUCACAUAGUCAACAGGUACGAGAGCACUAUAACUGGGCAGUUUUUUGGACACACGCACUUUGAUGAAUUUCAGAUGUUUUAUGAUGAAGAAACAAUGACCCGAGCAGUGGGUGUGGCUUACAUUGCUCCAAGUGUAACCACUUUCAUUAACCUGAAUCCAGGCUAUCGUGUGUAUUAUAUUGAUGGUAACUACUCUGACAGCAGUCGUCUAGUCCUGGAUCAUGAGAACUUUAUUCUCAAUCUGACCUUGGCAAACGGUUUUCAAGAAAACUCCUCAUGGUUGCCCAAACCUGACCCAGAUCCAGCAUGGACAUUGCUGUACCGGGCUUCUCAAGCCUAUGGUCUGUCCACCUUGUUCCCCGCUGACUGGGCUGCUCUGGUCCGAGCCUUCUUAACCAAUGACCACAUCUUCCAACAAUUCUGGUACUUUUUGCACAAAGGCCAUGUGUCUGUGCCCUGCGAGGAUGUGUGUAAGAGCACACUGAUCUGCUACCUGCGCAGUGGCCGUUAUGACCUGCUGGAACAGUGCGAUCACAUUGGAGUCAAGAAGCCGAGAGGAAGUUCUAUCAGAAAGACUCUGUGCUGAUCAAGUUAGACAUUUGCUGAAGUUCAUAAUUCCUCAACUAGUGUCAAUGAAGCUAUUGAUCACUACUGAGUUCUCAAAACUGGGCACUUUUUUCUAUGUUGUCAGAAGUGUGAAUUUCAGGGAUUUUCAGGGUUUCUCUAAUGUGUAAUAUGCACUUUGUUCCCCAAAAAUCAGUCUGUUUUGGAAUUGCUGCAUACAAUUUCAUAAUUACUUUAUUAAUGCUUGGGAAUAAUUACAGUGAUGUGUGUUGGGUGAAAUGCUGUGGGGAUUGUGGUAGAGAGAUGUACUAUGUUUCUGGUUUGUUUAUAUUGUAAUUAUUGACAGUGCUGUACAACAAUGAAAUAAAGUACAAAAUCCAUUAUCAUAAUUGAAGACUAAAAAGCACACUUAGUCAUGCCAAAACCUCAGAUGAUAUAAAGGUCAUGGUAUCGAAACUGCACGCUACCUUUGUAGACUUCCUGCUUGUUUCAUAAUGGAGUGGAGUGAUACGAUUUGAUUUAGAUUCAAUGCUGUUUUUAUCACUGUUUCCACUAUAUUUACUAGGACUGAUUUUAUGUCUGACCAGGAUUUGAUUUUCAAAGCUAUAGUGUUAACUUUUCAGUGUACACAGUUUGGCUAGGGGCCAUGUUACACAUGGUACCAUAAAAGAAGUUCCUUUAUAAGUUACAGUUGAUCUCACCUUGGCCUUCAUUGUCCAGAAUGUAGCAGUCACUCUUGUAACUGAGAAUGUUGUUGGUUUUUGACUGUGUGUGAAUUGUUGAUUUUUAACUGCUCUAACUUAAAUGAAGCAUUAAAUUAAUUUAAUAUUCUAUGA